CUCUUUGUUGCAGAUUUUCGUAGUCGCUCUAAUGCAAAGUCCAAUGUGACACGUGGGCAUCGUUGGGUCUGAAAUAUGCUAGGUAUAGGGAGUCAGGUCUGUGCCAGAAUACAUGAAAACUUGAAUGUGUCCUGUAGGUUUGGAGUAAAAUGCAGAAAGGGAAGCAGUUGCAGUGGCUGCAGAAUGGCAGCGCCGUGCAGUCACACAGGUAUCAGCUCCUAGGAGCACAGCACUGCCACGAGCAGUGAUCCAGUACUGGGACUGUAAGGUGUGCAUUCCAUGUAUUUCUGCUUCUCACCUUUGUGGUGAGGGCGAGAAGAGCAAGGGAAGAAAUCCUGUCUCUAAAAGUUGAUCUGACAGAGUUUUGUUUUAUAAAGGCAUCACUUUAAAACUGUGAAGGCUGGCAGCACUGCACCUCAGAGCAGUGCUGAGAGGAUUAUUUCUUAGGAGCCGCUGGAGAAGAACAUGGGCCAUAAGUGCCCGUGUUUGUGAAAUGCUACCAUGGUCUGCAGGAAUUAAAAAGAGAAAAAGCAAAGAAAAUAAAAUCACUGUAUGAUCUCCUGUAUUUAUUCUCAUCCCCACAUAGGAGCUCCUGCUUCAGUGUUGAGAUGAUCCUCAGUGUUGAAAUGACCACACACAUGUAGGAAGGGAAUGCUGACUAAGAUUAGCAACAGAACUCUGCUGCUGCUGUGAGUUUUGCUCCACUGCUUGGUGGAUCCACUGCAGUUUCUGCAGCUGAGAACAGCUUCCAUCACUGCUUUCUGCAGUUGUUGCACAGCACUGCUGCAGCCCUGCCUUGCUCUGAAUGGUCACAUAAUAGAAAUGAAGGAUAUUAAACACAAGAAAAUUACAUUUAUCACACUGUGUUCUUGGGCUUGAUUUGCCUUUUAUUGUGUUUAUUCAAGAGGAGUUUGGGGCAUUCUAUUAGUUAUCUGUAUAACAGAAUAGAUUUGAAAGGCAGCUCUGGCAGGAGGUGUCACGGCCAGCUUGCAGGUGGGAACCAGGAGAGGAGAUGGAGGGCUUUGCUCAAAGCAUUGGGAUGCACAGCAGGGACAAAUGCCUGAACGUUCUGGGCUGUGAUUGGGUUCUUUGGUUCAGGUGGCAGCAGCAAUAGAAAUGGAUUUGGAGAUGUUAGCUGUGAUAACUUGUCUGUGUUCCCCUUUCCUGCCCAUAGCUCUGUUCAGGCGACUUACCUGGGCUGCAGCUCCCGUCGCAUCAGCCACACUGAGUGGUGCACAGCAGUGGGCACAAGGAAAGAGGAAACCUCCAUGCUAGAACUUUGUCACCUCCGGUUCAUCACACAGCGACAUCUGACGCCUCAAAGCCUGACGCUCUUCCCACUGCCCAGCUCUGCCUGGAUCUGGGAGUCUGGCUCUGGGGACAUCUCAGGCAGUCGCCCUCUGCUCUCUGAGUGUGCGGCGAUGGAUUUCUCAUGGCCCCGUGUGCUGAGUGUUGAGCAGUGCCUGCUCUAGCCUGAGAGCGGACGGGCUGCAGGGAAUCAAGAUGACAACCGAACCUAUCAAAGAGAUCCUGGGCACCCCAAAGCACGCUGACCCCACAUCCACAGAGAAGAGUAACAACAAUGACUGUGUGAUAACCACCAUCCCCCUGGUCAGCGAAUGCCAGCUGACGGCCGCCACGGGGGGGGCAGAGCUCUCCUGUUACCGCUGCACCGUUCCCUUCGGAGUGGUCAUCCUCAUCGCCGGCGUCGUGGUCACUGCUGUGGCGUACAGCUUCAAUUCCCAUGGAUCGAUCAUCUCCGUGUUCGGAUUGGUGCUCUUGUCAUCAGGACUCCUCCUGCUGGCCUCCAGCGCCGUGUGCUGGAAGAUCAGGCAGCAAAACAAGAAAGCAAAGAGGCGCGAGAGCCAGACGGCGCUUGUGGCAAACCAGCGAACCCUGUUUGGCUGAAGGCAGCUGCCAGGCGUGGGCAGCAGCAGAGCCUCACCGCCAGCCCUCCUGUUUGCCAUAGGACAGACUGCAGCUUUUAAUUUAACGUUGGGAAUGAGCUGACACGGAAACGGGAUGGAUUAACAAAGGCUCUUAACAAGUCUGCAAACGCUCUUAUUAUUUUUCUCACCACAGAUGUAAUAGUGAUCCUUUCCAAGACAGAGGAAAAAAACAAUUUUCCUGCACAGAAAACUGUUUUCAUAACUGCAGUCGCCAGAAGUGCAUUCUCCAGUGUGCUGCUCGUGUUGGAAAGGGGACUCUGAGACCCAAGACCAUAAUUUGAACUGACUGGAAACGCCGGAGGUCUCCUCAAAUCCGCACUGUGACAUUUAACCAAGGGAGAACUCGUAGCAUUUGCAGUGGGUUACGGCCAGAUUCUGCAGCUGACACUGAUACUCAACAAAAAGAGCAAAAAAAAAAAAAGCAAUAGCAACCAAGCAAACUGCAGAUUGCUCAAUAAGCUGAUUCGUAUCUUUUAUGUAACUCUUUCCCCCUCCCAAUAUCCGUGGUACUUUCCCCCCUUUUUAAACCAACUAAUAUUAAUUUUGUCCUAUUAUUGAAUACAAAUAGGUAGAAAUGUGUAAUUGUAUUGUCUAACCUAAGUAACGAGGUAUGGUUAUAGCUUAAAACACAAAACUUUUUUUGUAAAUUGAAGUGGUCGGGUUUAGCACUUUUGAUUAUUUUGCUAUAAAAUUAAAUUUCAUUAAAAUAAUAUUCAGUGCUGCUA